AAAAACUGUUUAAAACAUUUUUCUGAAAAGACUACUGUGUCAACAAUGUUGCUGCUUGAGGAGAUGCAGACUAGCAUAUCUAAACAUGUAGGUAUAGACAAGCAUAGUGGAUCUCCGGUCUUCUAGGUGAUAAAAACCAAUGUAACCCGAAAAGGAAAGGAAAGGAUAUUGAUUUGAAAUCUUCAUGACUCGAAUGUUAGACCUUUAACCCUUUCUGCCACACGUUAAGCGGUUGGAAAAAUGAAAAUAGAGACGUUCAUGUGGAGUUGUGCUUUUCCAGAAGUUUUGACAUGAAAGCGCAGGUGCUCCGACGAUGGUUUUGCCUGCUCAUCCUGAGCCUUCCUCCGCUAGUUUGGUUCGCACUUGUGAUCACACGGAACGAUGCAUCGGCAAAUGCACUGAACUCGGAACUGAAGGGCUACACGAGGAUCAGCCCCAGUAGGACGGAUCAGGUGAGAUCCAGGAACCAAGCGAGGAUCACACAAGAGCUUUUGAACAUUCACUGCAACCACUGUGCCUUAGUCUCCAGCUCUGGUCAGAUGCUUGGAGCUAGUGCUGGAGAGGAGAUUGACAAAACUGGAUGCGUGAUCCGGAUGAACAAUGCGCCCACCAGAGGGUACGAGAAAGAUGUCGGGAGCAGGACCAGUGUUCGGGUUGUGUCUCACACCAGUGUCCCCCUUUUGGUAAAACAUGAGAAGUUUUAUUUCCAGCAGUCGGCAGACACAACAUAUGUGUUCUGGGGUCCUGAGAGGAACAUGAGACAAGAUGGGAAAGGACAAAUCUUCAAUCUUCUCCUAAAGAUGGCGAUAAAGUAUCCAAAAGUGAAAAUAUACGCCGUGACCAGAGACAAGAUUCAGAACUGUGACAGUGUGUUUCAGAAUGAAACUGGAAAAAACAGAAUGAAAACAGGAGCGUUUCUCAGCACUGGAUUCUUCACAAUGAUUCUGGCUAUAGAAAUGUGUGAGAGCAUCAGUGUUUAUGGAAUGAUUGACAAUAACUAUUGCAGCCGAGCCAAUCACAGUGCUGUUCCUUACCAUUACUACGAGCAAAGCAGAAUCGCUGAGUGCAGGAUGUACAAGGUUCACGAAAACACCCAACGCGGAGGUCACCGCUUCAUCACUGAGAAAGCCAUUUAUGCUAAAUGGGCAACACGCAACAAGAUAGAGUUUAAACACCCCUCUUGGGACCUCUGAGGAAUGACAUCCUAAAACUAAGAAGAUGCUCCUCUCCUGGAUUUAAGUCUUGCACGCAGAAGAUGUUAGUGUUGCCUACAUUGGAUCUCUAUCAGUUUUGUAAAAACUGUGAAACAAAAAGCUUUCUCUAAAAAAGAGCUACAUUUGCUCAUUUCAUCUCAGCCUCAGAUUUCAGCUCAUACAUAUUGUUCCUUUCAAUUAAGAUUUAAAGCAUUUAACUGCUAACAUAGUGUCCCUUUCAGUAUUAUUGAAUAUUUCUAAUCAUGGAUAGCCAUAUAUCAGUAUGGAUACUGAUAAAAAACAAAUUAAGACACAAAACUAAACAUAUAUAGUUUAGACCAAAGCUUCCAACUUUCUUAGUACCUGUGCCUUGACUUUCAGUAUUAUUCUGCACAAUGCUUUCCUUUAAGCUGCAGUCUGCCUGUGUAAAUAAUAGCCACAAUACUGCAUGCACCUUUCCUCUUUCAACCUGCAAGUUUGUAGGGCUGUGACUAACAAAUGCUGGUCAAAGUGGCAUUUAAUAUUUUGAAUAGCAAAAGUCGCGUUGUGUAUACUGAAAAUAGGAAUGCUUUUUCCAUGGAAAAACCAAAACUUUUUGUUUGUUUUUUUUAGCUUUUUUAAAGCUUUUUGCAGAUUCAGGUGAUGCUCCCCUAAAGCUCUUACUGUAAUUUUGUAAAGUUUGAUAUGAAUGGGUUAUGUUUUGCCUUAUUUGUGCAGUUUAUUUAAAAUUAUGUACAUGUUAACGUGAACAGCGUCCAGAUAUUUUCAUGUGCGUGCCAUCAGACAGCUUUUACAUGUGGUUGUGGUAGGUACACUGGUUAGCAUUUUGGUUGUCAGCUCAUAUAGCCUCAAACCAUGUCCGUCAACACAAACAUGACUUUGAUCUGUGAGGAAUGUUUGUAUCCGAGCAGGCACAUAACUUCAGAUGUCCUCUCUCUGCAGCACUUUAAGCAUCAGUGACAGCAGCAGGGUGAUUUACAGCUCUGCAGCUUUAACACUGAUAACUGUCAAAAAAUGCGAACAUUAAAUACAAUGAGAAUGGCAAAAGAAUACCAAGACAGCCAACAAUUAUCCGUGGUUAAUGUGCAUAAUAUGUGCUAGUGGUGAGAGUAAAGGAAGCCCAACAUGGCCUCGUUCUACAAGAGAGGUCUAAGUUUUAGUUUUAAAGGAAGCUUAAACCAGUUGAAACAGCUACACUGGUUGUAAUGUCAAGUCAAUUCUACUCACUCUAUGAUAUGACUUAAUAUAAAUAUUUUCUCCACAGUCAUUUCACCUAAUUUGGUCUUUAUCAUUAAGUAACUUGUUUAAUAGUUUGUGUAAAUAUGUAAUUAUUUAAGCUGUGUGCUGCCAACAAGAAGCUUCCAGAACAUCAUAAUGAGAAGAAUAUUGUUCCAUGUCUACAGUUAGGAAAAAAGUCUGUGGUGCAUUGUUACUAGUGGCAAUCCUGCUUUUUAGAUGUGGUCUUGAUGGAAAUGCUCAGUGAUCUUUGUUGUCAAUCAUCUUGCAAACUUUGACAAAGCACUCAGAAGCUCUUGCUCCUCUGGGUUGAAGGUUUUCUCCCCCUCUAUCAUGAUUUGGCUGGCAAUCAUAAUGACCAAGAUUUUAAUAAGAUAAGAUUGACCGUAUAUAAUGACAACCAGAGAACACAGUAACUGAAGCUAAAUGAAUAUCUGACAGUUUUGUGUAGAACGAAUCUUGAUGUCUUGCUUUUACUCUAAAUGUAAUGGCUUAAUUAAAUUAACACAAACCGACAUUGCUUAUCUUCAUACACCCUCUUUAAAAGUGUUUACAGUUUAUGUUUCUGCCUGUUUUGACAUAGCCCUGCCUUGUCAGUUAUAUAAUGCUUAUUUUGUGACUAAUUCCAAAGACUGCAACAGUAUUUGCACUUCUGAGCUAAAAUUUUGCUUUAAAGUAAUUCUCAAGUAUGACUUGUAAUAAAAGUGUAUUACUCAUCAUGCGUUUGUAAUUACAGUAGGAUACACACUGCAAAGAACUUGAAUGUAAACUUGAACAAUGUCCAGUGCUAGAGUGAUGUGUCAGUAUGAAUAAAUCUGCUGUAAAAUAUG